GACGAGCGUUACCGGAUCUCGGGAGCGCGAUGCCGGUUCAGAGCCGCCUCAGGCCGGCGCGCGCUCGCAGCGUGUCGCGUCACAAGAGCGCGAUUGUUUCCUUCGUUUCUCGACGGGUUCCGCCGCUGAGCAGCUGAGCAGCGUGUGUGUGGGGUCAUGCGUUCCCUGUGCGUGGCGGUGCUGUGUCUCGGUCUGGUGGAGGCGCUCCAGCUCCAGCAGCACCCGUGGGUGAAGGAGAACUGCAGGCGUCUCUCGGCGCUGCUGCGUCAGAAGCAGUCUGCGGUGCGGAGGCUGAGCUCAGCCGGAGCCGCCCUGGAGCGAGACCGGACCCUGGCCCCGUCCGAGAAGCUGUUCCGGCUCCACACGCUGGAGGUGUUCCAGAGAGAGCUGAACGAGAGCGAGCGCUCGCUCUUCCAGGCCGCCGAGGGCCUGCAGCGCGUCAUGAAGGGCAACCUCCGAGACGUGGUCAGCAUGAAGGACAGCAGCCGGCAGAGACUGCAGGCGCUCAGGGAGGCGGCCAUCAAGGAGGAGCAGGAGUACAUGGAGCUGGUGGCGGCAGAGAAACACCAGCAGGAGGCGCUGAAAGUGGCACAGGACCGCAACAAAACCCUGUCCAUGCUGGACGAGAUCCUGGAGGACGUGAGGAAGGCUGCUGACCGGCUGGAGGAGGACCUCGAGGAACACGCCUUCGACAACAACAAGCAGAUGAAGGGCGUGAACGUGGAGGCCGUCCUGAGGGUGGAGGAGGACGAGGAGGACGGGAAGAGGAAGAACGCCUCGAGGCAGGCGGCUAAAGGCAACCUGGGCCUCAGCAUGCUGAUCGACUCUCAGAAUAACCAGUAUGUGCUGACCAAACCUCGGGACUCCACCAUCCCUCACGCUGACCACCACUUCAUCAAGGAUCUGGUGUGUGUGGUCAUGUUGUCUCUGCCCUGCGGGUGGCUCUGUACUCUGAUGGGUCUGCCUCCGAUGUUCGGGUACAUCAUCUGUGGGGUUCUUCUCGGCCCAUCAGGACUCAACAGCAUCAAGUCUAUGGUUCAGGUGGAGACGUUAGGAGAGCUCGGCGUCUUCUUCACUCUUUUUGUGGUCGGUCUGGAGUUUUCUCCCGAGCGCCUUCAUAAGGUGUGGAGGAUCUCGCUGCAGGGCUCUGGUUAUCUGAGUCUGCUGAUGGUGGUGUCUGGACUGAUCUGGGGUCAGCUGCUGGAUCUCCGGCCCACGCAGACCGUCUUCAUCUCCAGCUGUCUGUCUCUGUCCAGCACUCCGCUGGUGUCUCGCUUCCUCUCCGGAGCGUCUCGAGCAGAGCCCAAGGAGGGGGAGCUGGACUACAGCAGUGUUCUCCUGGGGAUGCUGGUUAUGCAGGACGUGCAGCUCGGUCUGUUCAUCGCUGUGAUGCCAACAUUCAUUCAAGGAGGAAGUGGAGACGUGGACAGUGUUCUGAUGGGAGCUGUGCGUGUGCUGGUUCUGCUGGCUCAGGUUCUGGUGUCUCUGGCCGCUGUGUUACUGCUGUGCUGGCUGCUCCGCUCUCAUCUGGUCGGUCCCUUCUACAGGAAGCUGCACGCCGAGAGCAAAGGGAACAAGGAGAUAGUGGUUCUGGGCACCAGCGCCUUUGUGUUCCUGAUGCUGACGGUGACGGAGUUCAUGGACGUGUCGAUGGAGUUGGGCUGUUUUCUGGCCGGAGCGCUGCUCUCUUCUCAGGGUCACAUGGUCACCUCUGAGGUCAUGAGCUGCGCCGAACCAAUCAGAGACUUCCUGGCCAUCAUCUUCUUUGCAUCGAUCGGGCUGCACGUGUUCCCGACCUUCGUCCUGUACGAGCUGACCAUCCUGCUGGUCCUGACCUUCUCACUGGUCAUUAUGAAGUUCAUGAUGGCGGUGGUGGUUCUGUGGGCCGUUCUUCCUCCGGAGUCUCGUCACAUCUGCUGGCUGGUGUCGGCCGGACUGGCGCAGGUCAGCGAGUUCUCCUUGGUUCUGGGCAGUCGAGCGCGUCGAGCCGGGAUCAUUUCUCGAGAGGUGUAUCUGCUGGUUCUCAGUGUCUCUACUUUAAGUCUCCUCCUCGCUCCGGUCCUAUGGAGAGCUGCUACGCUCAAGUGCGUCCCGCGGGCCGAGAGGAAACCGCUCACCUGAGCUGCCUUACGCUAACGACCCGCUCACUUUAAUGCAUCAUAUUGAUGACAAACAGAAUGGCAGGAAAAUGAAUAUAUGAAAUAUUUUCACAGUGAUGAAAGAAAAGGGCACAGCUUGCUAAAGAAAGACUUUUAUCAUGUUUGUUAUAAUGUGUUAUAUUCGACCAAACGGUGUACUCUGUGCCUUGAAAUGAGUCGAUGUCAGCAGAUGAGCCAAAUAAUGCACCUCUUAUAAGAUAUAUGAGUUUACUGAAGAUGCUUGAUCGUAUCCAGUCCUGAUUCGUGCUGAAGUUGAAGUCUCAGCACAAGGUGGCAGUUUUAUUAAGUUAAAUUAAUCAUAGACUUAACUGGAAUCAUUUCUCUGGGCUGUUGAUUAAAAAAAUCAAAUUACAAACUUC